GUGGGGUGGAAAACAAGGCGUCUGAACCGGGGCCCCCGCUUUACUUAAACCGGAGGGCAUCGGAGGAGCUCUUUCGUCGCCCUACGCCGAGAAAAGAGGCUGCUGUGCCUUUAAGAGCCGCCCGGUGCGCAAGGCAAGCAGCUCCGGACUGUGAGAAGCUUUUUUUUAAGCGGCUUUGCAAUAAAAUAAAAUAAAAUAAGCCAAGCGGGCGCUCUCGCUUUCUCGGCCGCCCUUGCUGGAUCUCCACCGGGGCAUCCGCCAGAGAUGGAGGAGCGACUCAAUUGGCCGUGACGUGACGUGACGGGAGUCGCCAUUCGCGUGGAAUUGUUUUUUUUGCACGGUUUGGAAGACGCGGCAUCAAGCGAGGUGUUCUGUUGCUUCAAAGGAAAGGGGCGGAGCUAGGAGAAGCCCUUCUUAAUCCCAACAUCCUGGCCAGAACCAUGCCAUAGAGCUCAAGGCCUCUCCCAGCACAUCAUCCAGGAGUGUUGCCCAAUAGAGGUGUGAGCAGCUGGUGGGACCAUGCCACACCACCGAGACUGUCUCCGGUUACUGGCUGCUUCCUGCCUCACCUUCCUCUUCCUCACGUUCACCGCCUCUUACAAGCCUGUCAUCGUUGUCCAUGGCCUGUUUGACAGUCCUUCUGACUUCCAGCUCUUGCUUAAUUUCAUCAAUGAGACUCAUCCAGGAACCAACGUUUCAGUUGUGGAUUUGUUUGACCGAACAGAAAGCUUGAAAUCUCUAUGGAUGCAAGUGGAGGGGUUCAGACAAGCGAUUUACCCUAUUAUGCAGAAUGCUGUUGAUGGAGUCCACCUUUACUGCUACUCACAAGGAGGGCUCAUUUGUCGUGCUCUGCUCUCUACGAUGCCCGACCACAAUGUGGACACAUUCAUCUCUCUCUCCUCCCCACAAAUGGGGCAAUAUGGAGACACCAAGUACUUGAAGUGGCUCUUUCCACACUACAUGAAAAGCAAUCUGUAUCGCAUCUGCUACACACAGCUGGGCCAAGAUAUCUCUAUCUGUAACUACUGGAAUGACCCACACCAUCGAGAUCUUUACCUCAACAAUAGCAAUUUCUUGGCCGUGUUGAAUGACGAAAGAUUUCACCCCAAUGCAAGUGCGUGGAAGAGAAACCUUUUGCGCAUUCGCAAGCUGAUUCUGAUCGGCGGCCCAGAUGACGGGGUCGUCAUGCCCUGGGAAUCCAGUAUGUUUGCCUUCUAUGACGAUAACGAGACGGUGAAGGAGAUGACAUCUCAGCCGGUCUACCUCCUCGACACGUUUGGCUUGAAGACUCUGCACGCACGUGGCGACAUUGUUUUCUGUAAAAUGGCCAAUGUUUCUCAUACGACCUGGCACUCCAACCGCACCGUCUAUGACACUUGCGUUGCCAAAUGGUUGACGUAGCUGGCCAAGCCUGGGAAAAGGAAGAGGAAGAGAGAGAGAGAGUCCAAAAACUCUGAGCGGUGUUCUCUGACCUCAACUUGGCAUUUCUCCUCCCACAGAGGGGAAAAAAAUAUCAUCUGCCUGUAACUUUUCUAGGAAUGUAUUUCUUUCUCCCCCACAGCAAAAAGAACUUUUUCCCUGCAAGACACUUUGGUAGAAGUCAGUAGCAAAUUUGGGUGCUCAAAGAUGCUGCGUGGAAGGCCUCAAAUGAACUGGAUCCUUAGUCCAUUUUUUUGUGGCUAAGCUACAAGACAAACAGACAAAAAAGAAGACCCAUAAAUGGAUUACAGUUACAUGUAAUGAAAUAUACCCCAAAGUCAUAUUUUCUAGUAGCCAGCCUAUGGCAGAAACAUGGCAACUGUGAGAAUUGGAGGUAUUUAUCCUUUUUAGGUUUCAACUCUGGUGUUUAGUGUCAUUUGAUUCCCAGUUUGGAAAUGUUUCAGUUGCGUAGAUUAUAUUUUUUGUAUUAUAAUAAUGCCACAGCUACCCAGGACCGGGUUUAAAAGAGACUAGCCCAACAUUUGUGAGAACAAAUUCAGGGGGAAAAAAUCUUACUAUUUAUCCCCUCGGUUAAUUUGAGUUUUGUGAUUCAAUUAUUGCUUUGGCUUUCACCAGAGGGGGAAGAAAAGUACAAGUAAAUGUGUAAACUUUGAUCCAGAAUCCAGUUCCACGCCACUAAAGAAAACCUUCAGUGGAAUGCCAGAAACCCGAAUAACUCAAGAGUUCCAGUGGAAAGCGUAUUUUGUGUGUGUUUCUUUACAUAAUCCAGCUGGAAAUAGCUUAAGGAUCCCUGCCUCCAGUUAUACAUCAAAAUCAAUAUUAUAAAUUAUUUGGACUUUGGAGGGCAGAUUGCAUUGGCGUAUAUUUCUUCUCUCCUUAGAAGCAAAACCUCAGGAUGGCAACAGAAGGCCAAUUUAGAUAAAAUUGUUCAGGAUCUUGCUUUAUUUUUUUUAAAUGUGUAUUUAAGAGUGACUAGCCAUUUUUAAGAGACCAGAACUUUCAAUAAGGCGACCUUUCUCCCUGUUUCUAGAAGCAGAAGCUGCACAGCUUUGCGUGCAAACAGUAUUAAACUCUUACAUUUUUAUCAUGUUACAGUAAGAUGUUUACAUGGACUCGGGUUCAACUUUUAACAUUAGAUCAAGUACGAAGGGGGAAAUGAAUUAAAUUUAAGCUGAGAUUCCAAGGGAGAUGAUAUGAAAUGUGUGUAAAGUAUCUUUUGCCUUCCAGAUGUUUCUGAACUGAAGUCCCCCACAGAUUCUGGGGGCUGCUGUGUUAAAGUUUGCAGCAGAAAUUCAAGUCCAGAAAACACACAGAUUAAACUUCUUUUUAUAUAAAAU